AUGCUGCCGAGAACAUCAUCGAGUUCUAAAGGCUAUGAGCUCAAGGUCGCGCACGAGGCGGUCGACCUCGUGUGCACGCGCCUCGAGUCGUUCCUGUGGGAGGGCCACGCCAAGCGCCACUUUCGACCGUACCGCGUGUGGGUCGUCGACAUCGAGCACACCGACGCUCCGCACAUCCGCGCCUCGAGAGGUCUCCUGCAAGGCCAUCACCUCGUCGUGACGCCUCAAGUCCCGACGAUGGGCGGCGCGAGCCACAUGAGCGGCAUCGGGCUAAGUGGACGUCGUGUGCUCAAGUUUGAGGCGACGGGCGUUCCGCAGCUCGCCCCCGACGCCAACCUCGGCGGCACCUCGACGAAGGCUCGCUCGAUCGUGAGCGACAACUUUCACCGCGUCACGGUGGCGAACCCGGUCCUUUCCCUCCUGAACGUCCCUCCUCCCGACCCGCACAAAGCGCACUUCUUCUUCUUCCUCGACUGCUGGACGCUCGACUCGGCGCCGCUCGGCCCUCAACUCGCCCAGUCGACCUGGCGCUUCUCGUGGAGCGCCAACCCGAGCCGGUACCCUGCCGGCGUCGAGCGCGCGCUCAACGGCCUGCCCGGCGGGUCGUUCCUCGUCCCGACGCACAAGGACGACCGGGUCGUGACGGCCGACCGCCUCGACAGGGACGAGACGAUCCAGGGCAUCGCCGUCGUGUUCAACGCGCACGCGAACGACCCGGCUGCGAGGCCAUCGUCGGCGCACGCGGCGCACGCGGCCGAGCACGUCGCGCGCGCGCACCGGGAGCGCGAGGACGGCGAGGCGAGCGGGUUCGACGUCGGGCGGAGCAAGACGUGCGUCGUCAUGUAG